CUCUGCUAUCCAUCUUCAUUCUUCUCUCGAUUUAGUACAGAAGCUGCAGUUAUCAAUGCAUUCCCUUUCGUUUCCAUCUUCUUCUUCAACCCUUAUACCUUCUCUGUCUGUCUUCAAUUCUUCGAAACCAAAGAAGCUAACUCGUCUUCAAAGUCACUACCUUUCUCCUAAGCCUAAGCUUCUUUCGUUCUCCACUAAACAGUCUGAUGUCUCUCGUCAAAGAGCGUUUUCCAUUUCCUCUUCUUCCCCACCAGAGGAAACAGUCUCAAUGGUCGAUUUCCAUGAGAAAGAUUGGUCUUUUCUCGAAUCCAUGGAUUCGGAACAGAACCAGAAGCUCGAAAAGAUCAUAAAGGCUGGAGAAGUAACAGAGUCUUCGAGGGUUUUGGUUUCUAUUAGCUCAGAAGGGUUCGUUGAUCGUCUGGUGGAAUCCUCACCUUGCCAGCUCUUGCUUAUAGUCCACGACUCUCUUUUCGUGUUAGCCUGUGUCAAAGAAAAAUACGACAAAGUCAAGUGUUGGCAGGGAGAACUGAUCUAUGUUCCAGAGAAAUGGUCUCCCAUAGAUGUCGUGUUUCUCUACUUUCUUCCAGCUCUGCCUUUCGGCCUGGACGAGGUGUUCAAGACACUGUCUCAAUGUUGUUCCUCAGGUGCACGAGUAGUGAUCAGUCACCCGCAAGGUAGAGAAGGUUUAAAGCAGCAAAGGAAGGAGUUUUCAGAUGUGGUCGUCUCUGAUUUACCUGAUGACUCCACCUUGAGGAGUGUUGCUAAGAAGCAUUCGUUUGAGUUAACUCAGUUUGUUGAUGAACAAGGACUUUACCUUGCUGUUCUAAAGUUCUCCAAGCAAUAGAUUAUGUCCCUGUCACAGAUUUUUCCUGUUCUUGUUUUGUAAUGAAUUAUUUAAACCGGAACUUUCGAAAAGAAAAAGAAAAAACUCUUGCAGAGA